AAAAAAAAAAAAAAAAAAACCCGAGGAAACAUCCAUCCAGCUCCAACUCCAGUUAACCGACUCUUAUCACGCGAUUCCGCGUACAUAUGGAAUGUGUAUAAAUAAGGCCUCCUUCAACCUUCCUGUUACCCCAAUACAUCAUCAAGACUCAACAUACUGUAUUCUUCACAUAAAACUCUAAUCAUCUUAUUAUUGGAUUAUUAGAUUCCUCUUUGAUCAGUGGUCCUGCUUGUUUUCUUCUUUUGCAAAUAUGGAUCAAUAUCAGGCACAAAACCAACAACCUCCUGCUGGUUACCCAACUGAGAACCCUCCAGUUACGGAGAAGAAGAAGCACAAGUUCAUGUCAAAGUCCAAGCCUAAGGGAGACAGAGGUUUCAUUGAAGGAUGGUAAGUCUUUUCACUUGUUUUCAAUUCGCUUCGGAAAUUGGACUGUUUAACCUGUUUGUGAUAAGUGAUAUUAACUACUUCAGUUGAUCUGAUGAGGGUUUUUGUUGUUUGUUUUUUUUUCUGCAGCCUGUUUGCACUAUGUUGCUGCUGGAUCUGUGACAUGUGCUUUUGAUUGAACUGGAUGGGAGUUUUUAUCAGUGUGUGUUUGUUGUUCUGGUUGAAGCUGGAUUUGUAUAAUGCUUUCUGGUCUAUUUUCCUUCGUGAUGUAAACAUAUAUUUUGAUGUUUAGCCACCUUUUAAGAAUUUUAUAUAUAUAUUUUGUUAUGUAAUUUUAGUAUGCAGUCAAUAAUGGAAUUCUGAUUUCUAUUGAUCCCUCCUCUUCCAACUCUCUUACUUUCUUCACUCGGGCCAAAAGAUCACAAAAACUUGUGCAGCACACACUGAAAAUUUCAUGUAAAAAUGACCAAAUUUCAAUCAUGAUAGAUCCUAGUCAUUAUACAUAGCAUGGCCGAUCAAGCUUUUGCAAUAUCAUGUACAACUCAGCAUAUGAUUGUUAAUCAUGCCCAAAAACAAAAGCAGGGUAAUCUGAAUCAGACCGAAGAAAAUAAAAAUAUUGAUUCCAAGGGAGCUAUGAUGUUUCAAACCGAGUCUGAUGAGGGAAAGAGUUUCUCCAGGAAGUUGUUGGAGAGGAUGCGAUUAGGAUCCAGCUCCCUUCUUGCUUUGUUGUAUGCAUCAACUGGAAACCGGUUUCGUAGUCUCGCUUGCAGAGCUGCAAGUUCUUCCUUGUCCUUGGGGACCU